AAAACAUGAAUUCAACUCCUCCAGCAAUAUUGCCAUACUCAUAUCUCAAUAAUUAUGGGUCAAGUGGUAAUUUAAACAACAUGGCUUGUUGGGAAGAAGCAGCAAUAAUCACAAGCAAAAAGGUCCCUCCUUUUCAAUUCCUUCCUGGUACAAAUGAUGAAAUAGCCCAGGUAUCAUCUGGUAAUUUCUAUGAUCAUCCACCAUACAUGAUGAACGUGAUGGCAAUGCGACAGUCGAAUUACUACCAUGCCCUUCAGAGUUACUCAGACUCAACACCAGCAUCGCCAAGUCUAGUUUCGGCCGGCGCCGGCAAACUCACCUCUUCAUCAUCAUCAGCUGCAGAUGAUCAGGAAAGAAGAGACAUUGCAGCGUCAUCCUUCAUUGAUUUUCUUGGGGUUGGAGCCACAUGAAGUUAGAAGCCUAA